AUGGCAUUCAGUUGCUGCAUUGGAUUCUCAGUGCUAGCGGGUAACUUGCCAUUGGUGUUGUUGGGCAUCAUGAUUUCCCGUUCUCUUUCCAUAGGCUUGCAAAUUCUCUACUUGGGUUUGCAGCUUGUUAAUGAUGUGUAUAUGGGACUGCAUCAUGACCAUCAAUGCCUUGAUGUUAUCAUGGUAAUUUGUGAUGCAUUACAGGAUGCAUAUAUUCAACAAAAGAAAGAAGGUUUGCUCAAGUUAAAAGGACCAAAAGAAGACAUCCUUACUAAGGCACUUGAAUCUAAAGAGCAUGGAGGUCGUGUGAGGGGUAUAGGAGGACUUGUUAAUCCAUCAACAUAUUUUAGAGUUGGUAGAGGGAAGUUGUCUACUAAUGAAGAAAAUUUUCUUCUAAGGCAACAAGCAAAGUUUGAAGAUAGAAUAGCUAAGUUAGAGACUUUGGUACUUAAAAAUGUAGGCAUUGAUGAUAUUGAAGAAAAAGGUAGUUGUAGUGCCAAGGGUGCCAAGAGUUAUGUCAAGAGUGAAGAAGAAAUUGAAAUUUUAAAAAAAUUGGAUUUCGAUGAUGAUGAUGAUGAGCUGAUGUUUAUUGAGAAAGAUGAUGCUUUGGAGAAACAAUGCAAGAAGAAAUCUAGCAACCAUGGACAAAAGCUUGAGUUGAACUCAUCAAGUAUGCCUAAGUCGUUAUGGCUUUUGUAUUGUUAUUACAAGCGUGCUCUUGAUGAUGGAGAUACUAUAAAAGUAAUUCUAGAUUUUAAUGUUUUUGGAGAAACAUGCACUCUCUAUGUUAAUGUAGGAGAUGUUACUCCCUUUUAUCAAUUGAUGCCAAUAUCAUACACCUAUAUUGGUGUGUACAUAUGGUAUUUGUAUAAAAAGAUGAUGGAUGAGAACAAGCUUGACAAAUUUAGAUUUGUGCACCCAUAUAAUGUAGGGCAUUUGCCAACGACAAAAACGGAUGCAAAGUUUCUUGAAAAACAAUUGGAAAACAGAGCACGAGUCAUAGCAGACAGGCUUUUAAACACAACACCUAAUACAACAGUUUUGAUGCCAUGUAAUAUAGGUUUCCAUUGGAUUCUUACAGUUAUCAACAUCAAUAAGGAUAUUGUUUAUAUGUUGGACCCUCUUGGCCCUCGCCUUCGCAAUGAUGAUUGGAAACAUGUUGUAGAUAUGGCUAUGAAAAUGUUUCAUGCGGUCGGGAAUGGAAAGAAAGGGCGAAGUAAAACUUCUUGGGAAAUUGUCAAGGCUCCUCGUCAACCGGAUAGUAAUCAAUGUGGUUUCUAUGUCAUGGCUUACAUGAGAACUUUAAUUGAGCAUAUGCCAGACAUUGAUGACAAAGAAUCUGUUCAAGCACUAUUCCAAAAAGCUGAUUACAACCAAACCGAUAUUGAUCUAGUGCGUUCUGAAUGGGCAGAUUUUGUAUCAAGUUAUAUACAAUAG